AUGACGUCACCAACCCUGUUCCUCUACGCCGGGGUCUUCUUCUUCUUGAUUUAUAGCUGUGUCUGUGACCUGCCCGUUGAAGACACGACAAAACAGUGUGAAUACGACAACAUCAAAAGAUGCAACGGUGAGUUCAAACAGGUGUUCAUGAAUGCUACGGCCGGAAAACGAGAGAGAGGAAUGAGAAAUGUUUACUGCACAGCUCUACAGGUGUUUAUGAACUGUUUGGAUGGUUCUCUUGGACGCUGCAUCGGUGGCUCGUGGCUUCAGAAUUACAGCUAUGUUGUCUUGGAACAUGGUAUAAUGGACAAAAAGUGUGGUGUAUGCCCCCACCAUAAUUACCAUGACCUUGAACGAGUACUUAAUGCAAGGAACAGGACAGACUACAUCGGUUUUGAUAUCUGCCCGUUAGGUGCGAAGGUUGUCCACAAUAUAUGUGUGGCGCACUUCUUGGAAAACCGUUCCGACGCGAACAUGUGCCAUAAUGUGCAAAAGUUUAUCAACUGUUACGAAAAGGUUGGUGACGGGUAUUGUGCCAGAUGGAAGAUCGUGAGGAGUUUUUCCAAUCUUUGUCGCCAACUGGGAGAGAAGAUGUUACAGGAAGAUGAGAAACAUCGCGGGUUGAUGUGCUAA